AUGUCCUCAUCACGAAUCUUGGGUGUCGGAAUUAUUGGCGCUGGGGAAGUAUUCCAAGUCUGCCAUGGACCUUGUCUUUUCCUUCUCUCGCACCAAUACAAAAUUGAGUCCGUCUGUGACAUCUCCCAGACGCAGCUAAAUCACAGUGCAACAAAGUUUCACAUCCCCCAUACGACUUCGGAGCCUCAGGAGGUCAUCGACAAUCCCAAGGUGGAUGUCGUCUUCAUCCUCACCUCCGACGAUAGCCAUGAAGCUCUUGCAAUUGCUUCUCUCAAGGCCAACAAGCACGUCUUCGUGGAGAAGCCCAUGACCCUCUCCAUCCCGUCCGCGGAACGGAUCCUUGCUGCCCAGAACAAGAGCACGGCUAAGGCAUUCGUUGGCUACAUGCGUCGUUAUGCCCCCAGCUACGUGAAUGCUUUCAAGAGGGAGAUUGCGACCAUUCCCAAGAUCCUCUAUGCGCGCGUGCGCGACUUUAGCGGUCCCAACGCUCAGUUUGUCAACCAGAGCGGCACGUUCCAGGUCAAGGGCACCGACUUCCCGCCUGGUGCAACUGAGGAACGCAACCAGCGCUUUGAGAGUCUGUUCAAGGAAGCUUUCCCCGGGCAGGAGGUUACCGACGAGAAGCGCAGGCUGUGUCGCUUCUUGGGCAGCCUUGGAUCUCACGAUCUCUCUCUGAUGCGCGAGACACUUGGGUUCCCCGAAGCAGUGCUCGGUGCUUCGGCCAAUGAUCCUUUCUACAGCGCUAUUCUUGCUUUCCGAAACAGCGAUGGGUCCCCGUACUCGGUUACGUACGAGAGUGGAAUUGACUCCAUUCCUAGCUUUGAUGCGCACAUCGCCGUCUACGGUAGUACCAAGAGAGUCAGUAUCAAGUACGACAGCCCAUACAUAAAGGGUCUUCCAAUUACGGUUGAGGUCGAAGAAUUAAAUGAGCAUGGCGAAAUUCAACGACGAUCUGUUCUUUCUUCUUACGAGGAUUGCUACACCGUUGAAUUCCAGGAGCUUUAUGAGUCCUUGGUGAAUGGCAAGCCAGUCAAGACAACGGUGGAAGAUGCUUCUCAGGAUCUGAAGCUAUUUGACAUGAUAUACCGCAAGUUGGGAAAUUAA